UCUCGCACUAAACAUGCCAUGACGCGGCCCUUUUGAUCCAAAGACGGAAGGGCGACGGAGGUGAUCAUCGAGGUGAGGCUCUGAGGGGAACAGCCCCAGGUCUGGCGAGGCCUGUUGACCUUAUGAGAGUAGCCUAUUGCCUCUUGGCGACAAUGACGUACUCCUCUGCUGUGAUGACGGUACGCUCUCAGAGAGAGGUAGACCCUCGGAGGACUGGAGCGCUUGCAACGCACCUUCCCUUCACGAUGCUCGGCCAGAUGAAGUCCUCAGAUUCAUGGACAUUGCCUUCUGCUCCUGUACCUACCAAGCUGGCUCAUCAGGCCCUGGUCGCAGACACCGGAUGCCCGAAUCUCCGAGUCCAGGUCAAUUUAACAGGAAGAACGCGGCUGACGAUUUGGCCGAGCCUAUUUGUACAUCCAUUGCGCACACCUACGCACCCAGCCAAGACUUCACGUGCGACGGUCGCAUCAACAGACGGCCGAUGGCGUCCCGACAGAACAGGCCUCGCCACCUGAUCCAUGGCAUCAGCAAUUAUUUCUCCAUUGGCUUUCAAUUGUCUCGGCAUACUUACCAUCUAUGAUUACUGAGACCUUGGGCUUGGGCACCGUUGCAUCACCGUGAGAUGAUGCGAUGCCAGAAACCACUCGCCAUUUUGGGAGACAAUGGCGAGACCUCA